AUGGCUUCCGAGUUGAGCAAGAACGCUCUUCAGUCAUACCCUUCAUCUUCUCAGACCCUUCGUCUUCUCAGAACCAUCAACUUGCUGGUAGCGAUGGCGUCUACAUCAGAGGGACUAACAGUGCCAUUCUUCAGGAAGAAGGGCAAGGGGAGACCGACAACAUCUCGCAAACGGUCCGUAUCUCCACCCGCUGGUUCACUUACAGUCCCAGUGCCCUCGUCCUCCAAGUCCGAAGUAGUCCUACCGUCGCGCAAACCCACAGGAAACCUUCUUAGCGCGGGCACGAAGCGUACGGCGGCGCAGCGGCGCGAUGACGAGUAUGCAGACGAGGAGCAGCAGCGUGAGGGUCCUGACGUUAAGUGGACAGCAGCAGGGUCGCACACGAACGCGGCGCUGGAGAUACUGCAGGGUGACGAGGCGGAGCAGAUGCUGGCGAAGCGGCAGCGGAAGGACAAAGGAGACGAUGAUGAAGGCAUACCUGAUGACGGGCUGUAUAGAGGCCAGAAGGCGUACGCGAGCCACAUAAAGAGGAACCAGGAGGUGCCCAAGGCGAUGCGCGUGGGCCCUCAGCGGUCGUCGGGCAGUACCAUUCGUACUGUGACCAUUGUUGACUACCAGCCGGACGUCUGCAAGGACUACAAAGAGACCGGUUAUUGCGGCUAUGGUGAUACGUGUAAAUUCCUACACGACCGAGGAACCUAUCUCGCUGGUUGGCAGUUAGACAAACUCGCGGAAAACCCUCAGAAAGAGGUCGAGGAUGCCUCGGACUCGGACUCCGACGAAGACAUCCCCUUCGCGUGUAUCAUCUGCCGAAAAUCCUACACUGAUCCCGUCGUCACUCGCUGCGGUCAUUACUUCUGCUCAGCAUGCGCCAUCAAGCGUUUCGCAAAGACGCCAAAGUGUGCUGCAUGCGGAGCACCAACUGCCGGUAUAUUCAAUCGCGCGGACAAGGUGAUUGAGAAGAUAAAAACCAAGAAGGCGCAGGACAGCGCGGACGACGGGAACGGAGGUGAGAAGGCAGAGGACGUCAAAAUCGAGGGUUUGGAGCAAGGGAGUGAUGCUAGCCGUGGAAGUGACAGCGAGGACGACAACGAUUGA